CUCGAACAGACAGAUACAUCCACCGCAGCAAUGGAAAAGGACUACCCUCACGCUGAGCACCAGGAGGGCUUGCCCGGUACUGGCGAAACCAACGAGAAGAUGUCUGCCGGACGUUAUCUGGCUACGAGAAUCUCGACGCUCAAGCCUCCGAUGACCAAGGUCAGAAACCCGAUUAGUCUUCUGAGAAUGCUCAACACACAACAAUGGCUCUUCUUCUCUGUCGCAUUCAUCGCAUGGACCUGGGACGCCUUCGACUUCUUUACUGUGUCACUCACCGUCUCCGACCUAGCUAAGGACUUUGGAAAGACCACAAAGGACAUCACCUGGGGUAUUACUCUUGUAUUGAUGUUCCGUUCCGUUGGCUCUAUCAUCUUCGGUAUUGCAGCAGAUCGCUAUGGAAGAAAAUGGCCCUUCGUUGUCAACAACAUGCUUUUCAUUGUCCUUGAACUUGGCACAGGGUUCUGCCAAACCUAUAACCAGUUCCUUGCCGUUCGUGCUCUCUUCGGUAUCGCAAUGGGUGGACUGUACGGCAACGCUGCUGCUACCGCACUGGAAGAUGUUCCUGACGAAGCACGCGGUAUCAUCUCUGGCAUGCUACAACAGGGAUACGCCUUCGGAUACCUGUUGGCAGUAGUGUUUGCGCGUGGUCUUGUCAAUACUACUCCCCAUGGAUGGCGCCCCCUUUUCUGGUUCGGCGCAUGCCCCCCUGUUCUGAUCAUUCUGUUCAGGCUGUGCCUCCCUGAAACCCAGGCAUACCGCGAGCGCCAGGCCGUGCGCGAGUCCGGAAGCCCAAGUGUUGGUAGCACCUUCAUUGCCGAAGGAAAGGUUGCCCUGAAACGCCAUUGGAUGCUUCUUACUUAUAUGGUCCUCCUUAUGGCUGGAUUCAACUUCAUGUCCCAUGGCUCGCAGGAUCUGUACCCUACCAUGCUCAAGAACCAGUACAGCUUCGAUGCGAACUCUGUGACCAUCACUCAAGUUGUGGCCAAUUUGGGAGCGAUUGCAGGUGGUACAACCAUGGGCUACUGCUCAACCAUCUUCGGUCGUCGUCUUACCAUCAUCGUCGCAUGCGUAGUAGGUGGUAGUCUACUCUACCCUUACACCUUCACGUCAAGCAAAGCCGUCAUGGCCGCCGCAUUCUUCGAGCAAUUCUGCGUCCAAGGAGCAUGGGGAGUCAUCCCCAUCCACCUUAUGGAGCUUUCGCCUGGAGCUUUCAGAACCUUUGUUGUCGGUACUUCCUACCAGCUUGGUAACCUUGCUUCCAGCGCAAGUUCGACCAUCGAGGCCCAGAUUGGUGAGCAGUUUCCUCUUCCUCCUAAAGGCAAGGUUGAGAGGUAUCAGUACGGAAAGGUUAUCUGUAUCUUCUUAGGCUGUGUCUAUGCCUACGUUAUUGUCCUCACACUCCUCGGCCCCGAGUUCAAGGGCCGUGACAUGAGCGUUCACAACGAUGAAGAUACUGCAGAGGCCCUCGGACAGACCACCUACCACGAGAAGCGUCAAGACUCCGAGUACGCCGACCGCAUCGAGCGUGCCUGAGAUAGCAGGAACUGAUGUCGUUUCGUUGGGCCGGAGAUGCCAGUUUAUGAAUGUCCUUUUUUGAUACAAUUUUGUCAAGAUACCACGAUAAGAAUGAAAUUUCUCUCAUACCAAAG